UCGCUGAGGAAGACGAAACGUUGCCGAAAGGUUAGCGGUUAGCGUAGUUUUUCUUGACUUCUCGGAAAACGUUUCGUCUUCCUCAGCGACAAAAAUAAAAAUGGAUAAUUGGGCUCUGUUAUACUCUGGAAUAUAGUGUUGGCUACAUUUCAAGACCAACCCGAGAUUUCUAGCACGCAAAAUAGGGAAGAAAUCUUGAAAUUACGCAAUGCUACGACGACAAAAUUCGAUUUAGAUGAAAGGAAGAAAAGAAAAGCGGUGUUUCUUCAGUGUUUGAAAAAAUUCUGACUGAUCAACACACAUGUGGACAAUUUUUGCAAAAAAUAAUGAUGAAUUAGAAACACUGAUAUACGGCGAUCCAAAUGCAGUUCAUUCCCAGGAUUGUAUUGAACCAUUCAUGCAAGUCAUUGAUGUUUUUCAGUUUGAUAUUGAUAAAUGUUUAAAUGAUGAUAUAAUUCUAAAUGAUAAUGAUAAGAUCGAACUUGAUAAAGUCGAUGAAUUAUAG